GAGUGGACAGGUAUAUAAGACGGAAUGGGUCGGACAAGAGAUUCACUGCGGCGACGCGACUCACAAUUCUGGUUCUCGAGCAGCACUAAGCUUCAAAAACAAAAAGAAGAAAAAUGGCAUUCGCCGGUGUUCUUAAGGAUGCUGACAUCACCGCUGCUCUUGCAGCUUGCCAGGGUGCUGACAGUUUCGACUACAAGAGCUUCUUCGCCAAGGUCGGCUUGAGCGGCAAGACCCCCGACGAAAUCAAGAAGGCUUUCUCCAUCAUUGACCAGGACAACAGUGGCUUCAUUGAGGAGGAUGAGCUGAAGCUGUUCCUGCAGAACUUCUCCGCCGGUGCCAGAGCGCUCACCGACAAAGAGACUAAAACCUUCUUGGCCGCAGGAGACACCGACGGCGACGGCAAGAUCGGAAUUGAUGAGUUUGCUGCUCUUGUGAAGGCUUAAUUAUCAACUGACCAAGGUUCAACGCCCGCUUAUCGAGGAUCCAGGACUCCUAGCAAGACUUGCCAGUUCGUUCGGCUGACCUAUACAUAUUUUUUAUAUUUAUUUAUUAAUUAAGGACUGUCACCACGGAGCGCUAUGUCCCCAGAGUGUUUUGUUUAUUUCGUUUGGAUACUUUCGUGUUCUGCACAUGAUUUGCGCAAAUGUAAAAUCUGUUUUGUGCAUUUUAAAUGAGAGUGAGGAAAAAGGAAUAAAAAACAUUCUUUUU